GAACAAGUACGGGCGAACCAUGAGAUGACAUACUACCGAUUGUGGUGGAUCAACACAAUCAAGCUUAAUUUUAGCACCGCAUCUAUUUUACUUUUGACGUGUCAUGUGACUGUUUUUUGUGCUCCAGAUCAACCUGGUUUUCGACAUUCGACCGCAUCGCAGAGAUACGUUACAACAAGUGAACCCAUUCAAAACCAUGAGUUAAAAGUAGAUCUGUCCCGUCAGCAGAAUGUAGACGUCUCUGAUGGAACUUCUGUGAUCACACUCACAUGUCCAGAUGGUUCCCACUGGAUCCUACCGCAUUCGUUUCCUUUUGAGGAAGAAAAUGCCUAUUUGGAAGUCAUGGCAGGACCUGACGGGGGCUCAACAAUCCGUUUCCGCCUGUCUGAGAAGACGGCUAUCCGGGGAAAGCAACGAGGAUUGUAUGAGUGCCACCGACGAGCGCGCCAACUACUUACAACGGUAAAUGCAACGUGGGAACGACGGUCUGGGCAACCAGACUGCUGUCCAUGUUGUCCCUGGUUCGAACAACACCACUGUAUCGAUCGCUGGGACUAUCCCGUAUCACCAUCAGCUGACCAUCGUCAGGUCUUCCUCUAUACUGGAUCCAUCGCCAACACACUUGAUAGAACGAUGCACCCAGUUGUGAAUGAACCUAUGCUUGUUCCGUGUCCUGGACCAUUCGUGCACCGUGAAAAACCGGACUUCUAUGCUAAAUCAACACCGUAUCAGCUUUCUCUUGGUGAUACUGACCAACUACCCUCCACCGACUAUGAGUUCGACCCCCGAUUCGGACUGUGUUUGCGCAAGAUGCAAUUGCAACAAACCACGCUGUAUAUCUUUUGUAAGUAUCCAAACAGUAAAUGGAAUCGCAUGCUGCGGAUCAAGUGGCCACCACCUCCACCGGUUUUGGCUCCUGAAGUGGAACUUCAGCUUACAGAAUUGAACAGAGAGCAAUCCUCUAGCUCCGUUCAAGCAAACCAAUCCGGUCUCCAGCAUUUUGCCGGCUGGAAGUCUCUGAACAAUUCUAUAUACAGAGUAAAGGAGGGAACGUUGCUUCGUGUGGACUGCGUUGCCAGUUACAAUGAUCCAUACAUCGUAAAGCAAUAUCCUCGUCGACUGUGUUUCAAAUGGAAGUUGGUAACCCUGCCACCAAAGAAACCUCUGCUGGAUCAACUGGAAUCGAGCAUGAAUGACUCCGAGGAUAACGGAUGGAAGUCGGUCAGGUGCCUGCCAGUUAACCGCCUCAAUACAGCCCCAAAGCAAGUCUACUCUGUGAGUAGUUUUAACCUGCCACCAGUCGGAUCAAACCUGCUAUCGAUUGAAUGUGAUGUUCUUACUGAAAGUCGUUUGGCACCAGCAAAUCGCCAGAUCGUGUGGGUAGCGCCGCAGUCUGCAGAGCAGAACAGUUCAAAGCAAGAAUUGCUUUGGAAGAUUGAUCCAUUGCCAUUUGGCCCUGAUUUUAACGGCACUCGAUCAACGGAGCCAAAUAACUUGUUUCUGCGUCUCAUUCCCGGUCAGUCUGGUUUUUCCGUCCUCUACUGGACCAACCACGAAGUGGGUGGCUCGCCCGAGUGUGCUUGGGAGCAAUUAUCUCCGUUUGAAGGAAGGAAGUACCGCAUGAAGAUUAGCUUAACUCGCUGGACAGAUAAAUGGCACUGUCAACUAAACCACAGUGAAAAGUCGGUUUCCGUAUUCGGGCGACUACAGUUUGGUUAUGGGGCUUUUCACAAAGUCCUUCGAAUUUAUGCGGCCAGUUCAUUGUCUGGAAAGCCACAAAUUGAAGGGUUUCAUGGAAACGUAUUUCAGCCAAUUAGACUGAACUGUACGCACUCAUUCGAAGAAGAGUCGAUAUGGAAAGAAGUUGGCCUCAACAGUUUGCCAAGCUAUAACUGGACUGUACAGUAUGGUCAUUCGACAAGAUAUUACGAAGGAAAUUACGUCUGGUUAGAACCAAUGAGCAAGAAAUAUGAGAUGUGUACACGGCUAUAUGACUACGAUCUCAUUGCAAAUACCUCCUCGCAACAGACAGCUGAAUAUCACCCGGAAGAAUUGCUUCUUUUGAACGUGCAACAGCCAAACAUUACAGAUACUGUAACAAUUAUACCUCGUGGAAGGUCUACUAAGUUCCGACAAAAAGCUCUUAUCAUUCGGGGUUACCCUGUGAAGGUCACAUGUCUAAUCGAUUCCGGACUGUUACCCCCCAUCCAAUCGCCACUUUCCACUCAGUUAUGGCCAUCGGUAGAUGUCACAUUUGAAACCAUUGCGAAAAAGGAUUCGGAAACCACAUGGAUUUUGACGCCAUUAUCUCGGGGAGUUCAAAGGGUACUGGAAACAUGGAACGUAACAGACAGAGAUCAGCAUCACAUCAGUUGUAGCUUCAAUGGAAGUCAGGUGGAUUUAGACAUCAGUAUUGAACGUCCGAUCUCACCGGAAAUCCUUUUACCCAACAAAACUUCAGUCCUAAUGGACGGGGCAGUUAGUGUCCUUGCAUGCUCCGCAACAGGUGUACCGGCUCCUGACCUCGCGUGGGAAAUGUUGAAUAGUAACAUAGGCGUGCAGAACACAUUCGUUGUAAAAGAAUGCAAAGCCAGGAAUGUUUUCGAAAACCUCACUUUGUGCAAUCUGACCACGAGUGUGGAACUGUCGAAUUCAUCAUUCCGAUGCAACGCUACAAAUGUUGCCGGGACUAAGUUUCGUACAGUGAGUGUCGUUCGUAGUCUACCACGCGUGGCUGUCAGUGGUCUUCGUGGAAGUAGUGUACUAUAUCUGUUUGUCGGUUUUUCGGCCAUAGUCGCAGUUAUUUUGGGUGUUGCGACAGCAUGGUAUUACCGUUCAGCUAGGACAGCGCUAAAACAUGGAACCGUUUUAAAACGGACCCCGAAUAUACUGUAUAAAGAACCGGUGGAAUACAAGAAGGGUAAAAAGGUAUCGAUCAGUUUUCAAAAAGACCAAACUCCAGUGAUGCAUGCUCUUUCUAGUCUGCUAGGCUCUUUCGAGGCUGCCUCCUAUUGGGCAAUUCCACAAUGCUGCCUACAAACGUCCUCAUUUCGAAUCGGUCUAGGCCACUAUGGACAAAUUAGCAAAGGAUGGCUCUCUCCCGCAUUCUUGAGGACCUAUCGCCAGUCUGGGAACACGAUUAAUUCUGAUGACAGUUUAGUUGCUGUUGCUAUCAAGUCAGCUUCGGAGGAGGCCAGCAGUCUGACAUGCCUAUUAAACGAAAUGUCUGUACUGUCUAACUUGAGCCAAAACAAGAAUGUGGCUCAAAUGAUAGGAGUAUUGAUUGGAACACAGACGGACCUGAGCGAUACUCUGCUGAUACUUGAAUAUUGCUCACACAAAAGCCUGAACGAAUUUCUCCGCGACAGUGUUGACCGACUGAAGAAUCAUGAGCGUAGACAAAAAUCAAGUGUUAACUCCUAUGAUUCUGGAGUUCACAGCUUGACUGAAGCAGAUGUGGGUGGGAGGCCUGAUAGCGAAAAUGGAGAAUCCAAAAUUCCACGAAACGACCCUGGCCUAACAUCUCCGAAAGUAUUGUCUAACUGGAGAGCGGUGUCAGCAGGAACGGAACAGCACAUCACUCUGUUUGACCUAUACUACUUUGCACACGGUAUAGCCAGUGGGGUGGUCUACCUGGCUUCGGAAGGUGUAAUUCACAGAGAUUUGGCGACGCGGAACAUCCUGAUUGACCAGUUCCUGACUCCAAAAAUUUCUGAUUUUGGGCUGGCGGUUCGAAUCAAUGCAGCAUCAGCAACAACAACUGUCGGCCAACGGGACGAUUCAUACAGAAUUAUUUCGCCUAGAAAACAACUUCCUUUCAGGAUACUCCCACCGGAAGCAUUGGGGGAGCAAAUGUUUUAUUUGGCAUCGGACAUUUGGGAAUUCUCGCUGCUGUUGUGGCAGAUGUUUCACCUGGAAGUAAAACAGCCAUUCUCUCAGGUGAGUACUGCGACAGAGUUACUUGAACUAAUCACAGCCGAUUCGAAUUCGUCCUACCCUAAACACCCUCCAUCACUGGACCGUCCAAGACUCGUGCAUGAUGAACUGUGGAAUCUGAUGUGCCAGGCCUGGGAAGUGGACUAUAGGUUACGUCCGACGGCUGAAGACUUCAAACACCUCAUUGAAGACUGGCUAAACGCUUUGCGUGUUUCAUCUGAAGAAAAUUCACAUGCGUCACACUAUUCUCCUAUAACCUACGCAGAGAUCAUUCAGUCAAACGGGGUCGAGCCAACCGUCACGUAGGCCGCAGUUUUCCCAUUUUCUCAUUGCCAUAUUGUAUACAGCUGACGUGUAAACACUGCUUUUUAUCAUAUCCGUUCACUGGUUAUACGUAUGAGGUGC